AUGCCUCGCCCAACAACCACACUGACCCCUCAGCAAGAGCGUACUGAAAAGGCAGAGCGGGUAAGAAAAGUUCUUAACGCUGCGCUCAACAGUGAUGGACAAAAUGAGUCGGAUACAGACGUGUCGGAAACAGAUGUGUCAGAUAGCGACAAGUCCGAUGCCGAUGAUGACGAGCCUUGGGAAUGGAUAUAUUCGGGUGGGGCUGAACUGGAGAAGGAAAAGGCGCCUGAGACUCCAUGUAGACGGCAACAAGUUCGAGAUGCUGUAAAGUGCCAGCGGGGUAGCAAAAUUGGAGUGCGGAGGAGGGCAGACGGGCUUGAAUGCAGAAUUGGAGACAGUGUUCUGUUGAACGCACCGGGAAGCAAGGUUCCUUGGGUGGGAAUGCUGAUAUCAUUUGUCGGCCGUGAUGAAGAUGGGGAUGAAUGUGCCGAAUUUAUGUGGUUCUCUGAUGAGAAAGAAAUAUAUAAUAAGCAGAAGAAGAGAACCGAUUUUCUUCCGCAUGAGUUGUAUAUCACACCAGGGAUGGACGAAAGCCCUCUUGACUCAAUUAUCGGAGAAGCUACAAUUUUGUCGGAGAAGGCUUUUAUGGCUCGAUUCCCCAGUGGCAAGAUCCCACGCAAAUCGAGAGACUUUGGAAACACUUAUUUAUGCCGACGGGGUUGCCAUACGGGGACUACAACAUACACGGACGAAUUUAGCUGGGAUGAUAUUGCUCAUGGUACACAUGAGGAAGUCCUCCAGUUGACCGAGAGGUUGGAAUCUGAGACGAAGCCUAGGAGAAAGAAAAGAGGCCCGAAGCGCACCAGAGAAGGCUCAUUCGUCGAUGAUGAAUUGGCAGCUGAUGAGGGAUUUGGAACUCCUCGAAAGAAGCAGAAGACUUCUCUAAUAUCGACACCAAAAAAGCCUCGGACACCUUCUAAAUUGUUAACACCAAGCCACAAAAGGGUAAUUGUCAAAAAGCCCCUGGAAUUUACACCACUUGGAACCCGCCUUCUAGAUCCAGACCACGUCUACUCAUCACCAUUCCAGACUGCACGGUCAAAGCUACAUGUCGCAGCUGUUCCGACGACUCUCCCAUGCCGAGAAGAUGAGUUCGCAUCUGUAUAUUCCCAUCUGGAAGCCGCCAUUUAUGAAGGUACCGGCGCAUGUAUCUAUAUUUCUGGAACUCCUGGGACAGGAAAAACAGCCACAGUUCGCGAAGUUGUCGCCCAACUCAAUACAUCUGUCAUGGCAGACGAGCUUGAUGAUUUCAUAUUCGUUGAGAUUAAUGGCAUGAAAGUCACUGAUCCUCAUCAAUCAUAUUCUCUACUGUGGGAAGCAUUGAAGGGGGACCGUGUGAGUCCCUCUCAUGCCCUAGAUCUGCUAGAGCGUGAAUUCAACCAUCCAAGUCCUCGACGAGUUCCCUGCGUGGUACUCAUGGACGAACUGGAUCAAUUGGUUACUAAGAACCAAAGUGUCAUGUAUAACUUCUUUAACUGGCCUGGCCUUAGGCACAGUAAAUUGAUCGUGCUUGCUGUGGCAAAUACUAUGGAUCUUCCCGAGAGAACGUUGAGCAACAAGAUCAGCAGUAGACUUGGUCUGACAAGAAUCACCUUCCCUGGGUACACCCACGAGCAACUGAUGAAAAUCAUCCAAUCUCGCCUCGAAGGAGUUCCAGGAGAUAUUGUCGAUCCAGACGCCGUCCAAUUCGCAAGUAGAAAAGUCGCGGCCGUCAGUGGCGACGCCCGCCGUGCCCUCGACAUCUGUCGACGAGCCGUCGAACUCGCGGAAGCAGAAAGCCUCUUUGCAACGCCAAGCACACCCAGUAAGAGUGGAAGGGGUGAAAAGGCGUCAAAAUCUAGCGGAAGAGUCACCAUCGCUACUAUAAAAAGAGCUAUUAAUGAGGCUACGACGAGUCCAUUGCAGCAAUAUUUACGAGGUCUGCCACUUUCGGCUAAGAUACUUUUGGCAGCUUUGCUAGCGAGGAUGAGAAGGACAGGAAUUGCUGAGAGUAUCCUUGGAGAUGUCCUUGACGAAGCACGACGGAUGGCAAAGAUGGAUACUGGGGGUAAUACCGAGCAAUUCCUUCUCAAGGAGGACUUAGUUUCACUGAAACGAAAGAGCUUGCCUGCUGGCUCUAAGCAAUCGGGCAAGACUUUUCGCGUGCUUGCGAUGGGAUUAUCUGCGGUUGACCUGAUGGAGGCCGGAAUCAUAGGCCUAGAGACCCGAAAAGCAGACCGCACUGGGAAGAUCCGGUUAAGUAUUGGCGAAGAGGAUUUGAAGCUUGCCUUCAAGGAUGAUCCUGAGGUCAAAUCUCUUGGAUUUUCGGCAUAA